CGAAAAAUAAUUAACGCGGUCGUGCCGGUUGCCCCUUUUAAAUAUUCGAUUUUGUGUAGUUCAAAACCUGCGAAAAAAUGCGAAUAAUAUCGUGGCGGCCAAUGGAAGGCCUAUCCCUAUCCAUAUUGUUUGCCGUCUUGACCGGCAUCCUUAUCACAAACUCCCUGCUGGCUGCAGCGAAGGAAGUAGACAAAGUGCCGGAACUGGAUGUGACGAAAAUAAUAAAUGAUAAAGUUUAUUCGAAGGUAUUCGUUCGCCGGCGCGAAGAGCAUAAGCUGCUGGUGAACCAUCUACGCUCGAUCGAGGAUUAUGCGAAGCGUUACAAGCUAAUGAAGCUGGGCCUGGAUGAAAUCAUACGGGUAAUUCGUGAAGAAGGAGCCAAGCUGCGAGGUAAUCAGAUUACGGCUCAAUCUGAGUUCCCUAAGGUGCAGGAACUGAUUACCGCUUUGGCGCAGUUUCUCGAAAACACGUGCCUGUUCGGUGAGAUCGUGCUGCACUUUCCGGACAUGUCCUAUCGCAUACUGAAGAGUGUCACCGAUUGGCGCGAGCUGAUGACCGAGGCGUUAAACUAUACGAAAACGUUCGAACACAUUCUGGACGAGAAAUCGAUCGAGCUGCUCGGUCUGCUGAAUCAGGAAAUCAAUGCAGAUCAGCGGACCGACGAGUACGUGAAUCCGUACCGGGAGGUAGAGACGACCGCGACCGAGCCACCGAAGCAGAAGAAGAAGAAAGAUAAAGCGAAACCCAAGAAGGGGCCAUCGCUGACGCCCUCGAGGAACGAAUUGUGAGACGUGCACCGCUUUGCCUUGACUGUAAAAAGUUGUUCCAUUGUUAUUAAAUAUACUUAAGCGAAAUGUA